GGCUGCCAGCCCCCCCUCCUUCUGGCUUUCCAAGCGCCCGGGCAAGGCCUCCAGCGCCCCCUUCCAGCCCACCGGCCGGUCCAGCCCGUCCUCUUUCCCCCACCCGCAGCUGGAUCGGGCCAGGAGGCGGCGACUGGUUGCUUCUCCGGGUCAGGCUGCGGCCUCCACUGCCUACUCCUCGGAAGACAAGGGAGCGCCGCCUCUCGACGCAGCGGACCCGGAGGUUGGCGGCGGCCUCCACUCGCCAGCUGGGGCAAGAAUGUCUUAGCUAAACAGACGCCUCCACUGAGCAUGCGCAUGGCGCAGGGACCCCCCCCCCAACCCCUGCUAAGGCAGAAGAGGAGGCGGGGGAGAAGAAGCUCCUCUCUGCAAAAACCUGUGUGGUGGGCUGGAUGAGACCCCUCUGAGACCUGUCCUGGAACAAAAUGGUGCUUGACUCGGGUUCAGCAUCCUACCGACAGCCGCCAGACCCAGAUGUUUUUGGGGCAGAGCUGCAACAGCAGAGGCGAGGUGGUAAGAAGGGCAGCUCCCCUCCGCCAUAUAACGGCUUGCGGAUCUAUCCCUUCUUGUCGCCUUCCCUUUCUCUGGAGUCAGAUUCUUCUGGCUCAACCCCAAGGACCAAGCUGCCACCCAAAUCCAAGUGCCUCCGCAGCCGCCCGGUUCCCCCACCUUUGGGUGUCUGCCCCACCUUCCAGAACCCCUGUAGUUGGAUGCGCCGGAGCGAGAGCAUCUGUGCCAUAAACCAGCGAGAUCGGGCAAGGGGUCAAAUCCGCAGCACCACAUCCCUACCUCACAUCCCCAAAGCUGGAGCAGAGACGAGCGCCAGGGGUGGGAGAAAAAGCCCUUGUUUGCUCGUGGCUCUGCGGCCGAUGAAUGUGGAGGAGGAGAGAGCCAGAUUCUUCCAGUCCUCUUAUACCUAUAACCCUCAGUUUGAAUAUGAGGAGCCUCUCCCUGAAACCGUGCUGGAGAAAUACAAAGGUGCUUCUGGGCAGUUUAUUUCACAGGCGAUUGGAAUCAUCAAUGCCGUCCUGGAGAAAUAUGGUACCUAUGAGAGCUUUGAGGCGACCAAUGGAGGGAAGCUGCUCAGCAAAAGCCAGAUCUGGUCCAUCAUCAGGAAGUACAUGCAGAAGGAAGGCUGCUCUGGAGAGGUGGUGGUUCAGCUCACAGAGGACCUGCUGUCCCAGGCAGUGAUGAUGGUGGAAAACAGCCGACCCACCUUAGCCAUCAACCUCUCUGGAGCUCGUCAGAACUGGCUGGAAGGCAUGUUGCGUCAUGAAAUAGGCACUCACUACCUCCGUGGAGUGAACAACGCCCACCAGCCCUGGCACAGCCUGGAAGGCCGCAAGCAGUACGGCCUGAAGCCAGCCAACCCCACCGAGGAAGGUCUGGCCAGCCUGCACAGUGUCCUCUUCCGGAAGCAGCCCUUCCUGUGGCGAGCCGCCCUUCUGUACUACACCAUCUUCCAGGCCGGCCGCAUGUCCUUCUGUGCACUUUUCCAUGAUCUGGAGCGCUACGUGCAGGACCCAGGGGUGCGAUGGGAGUAUUGCGUGCGGGCCAAGCGGGGCCAGGCCGACACCUCAGGGCCAGGGUGUUUCAGCAAAGAUCAAGUCUACUUGGAUGGAAUUCUCCGCAUCCUGAGACAUCGCCAAACCAUUGACUUCCCGUUACUGGCAGCACUGGGGAAGGUCUCGUAUGAAGACGUGGAUCACCUGAAGCAGUAUGGGGCUCUGGAGAAGGCUCGGAUCCCUCACUUCAUGCAGGACACUGAGCGGUAUAUGCAGCAGCUGGACCACAUUGUGGCCACCAACUGCCUCAGCGAUGAAGAGCUGGAGCAGCUGCUGCCAGCCUGAGCCCACGGCCCCUCUACUGAGCUUGGCUAGACAGGCUGCCUGAGGACCCUGGACGAGCCUGCGGCCCCAAAGGGAAAAGGCGUGUGUGGACCGCAACUAGCUGAAAACAGGUGCACAGCGCACGGUGUACUCUUUAUUCUUUCUUUAUUUGUCGUCUCUGGUGGAUGGGGAAUAGGUGAAGCUGAGGCAGCAGCUUGACCAGGAAAACCUUGGUAGUUUUGUGCUGAAGGCUUUGGCCUGGGGCUGCUGAUUUUUCAGACGAUUACUAGUGUCUGCUGAAUACCUGCUGUGACUUGAUCGUUCUCUGCAGGG